GCCUCGUCGGACGCAGCGGCGGCCGCUCAGGCACGUCUGUCGGAGCAAGACGUCACGCCGGGUCAGGUAGACGUCUGGAUCAGACAGGGUGACCUGGAGAAGCUGGAACAGGUGCUGGUCGACGGUCAUGGAGACGCUCUGGAGGGCAAGACCGCCUGGAACGAGCAGGCCCGCAACAUUCUGAAGGUGGCGCCCACUUAUAUGGAGCAGAUAGCGGCCAUGCACAGCGCCGCCGCGCGCGGUGACGUGGCCGAAAUCAAGGAGCUGUCGCGCGUCAAGGGUCCCUACUCCAAGUCGACUAAAUUGGUACAGUCACUGGAUGAGAACGGUCGCCUGCCGCUGCACCUGGCCGCCUGGUACGGCCACACGCCGGCCAUACAGUUCCUCACAGAGAGGUACCCGGCGGGCAUCCACAUCAUCGACAAGGAUUCCAGAGCUCCUCAUCACUACGCCGCCAUGGCGAGUGACUCGAAGAAGGCCAAGAAAAACUACAACUACCUUAUUCAGAAGGGAGCCAACGAGAACAUCAAGGACAGUCGGGGUAACGUGGCCAGUUACUACCUGACCAACCCGUCCGACGAGUCGCGGCCACCCACGCCGGAGAAGGGCGCGAAGCUGGGCGCGGCUCCGCGCCCGUCGCGCUCCGACUCGCCGAAACAAUCCCGACGCACCUCGCGCGCCGCCGAAUCUCCGAAACAUUCCCGACGCACCUCACACGCCGCCGAAUCUCCGCGUCGAUCACGACGCACUUCACACGCCGUCGAUUCGCCGCGUCGAAGCCCGAGCCGCGGGGCCGACCGUGCCCCCUCGCGAAGCGGAGACGACAGAGAGGGAGGACAGGACAUGGAUAUGGACACAGUUGAGCGCCUGCUGCUGACCGGUAGAACUGACGAGUUGAAGGGAGCUCGAGCCACCGACCCGGAGGUGCAGGAGCUGCUGGAUUCAGUGCCAUUCAUAAUGGAGAAGAUAGAGAGCGCCCACCGCGCUGCGGAGGAGGGGGAGUUCAGAGACGUUCAGGCUCAGCUGGAUAGGAGGAAGCUGGCAGGGUCGACCCUCAAGGACGGGGCCAACCCCCUCCACAGGGCGGCCUUCAUGGGCAACACGGACGUGGUGAGGUACCUGGUGCAGAACUUCCCCGACACGAUGGACGCCCAGGACAGGAACGGACGCACCCCGCUGCACUACGCCGCCGGCAGCCGCGACGGAGAGCAUGUCUACAAACUGCUGCAGAAGGCCGGCGCCAGGGAUGACAUCAAGGACAAGCGCGGUCGGGAGCCUCAGUAUUACGCCGACCACCGCGGAUCCCUGCGCUACACCACUGUCAGUCAGCAGUCGGACAGCUAUGACGACUCAGAGGACGAGCUUGACGCGGGGGCGAAUCGACGCGACUCUCACGCAGACCGCCGCUCCAGCGCUGACGGACGCAGCUCGCGCAUCGACCGCCGCCUCAGCGUGGACGACCGCGGCUCGCGCAGUGUGAGUCGCGUGUCGGCCUCCGGAGCUGACGUCGAGUUCACCGAGGAUGCCUCGGACGCCGAGGUGCGCGAGAUCGAGACCGCCUUCGAGAAACUGCAGCGCUCCAACGCCACCUCGCUGCUGCGGAAGCACCUGACGUCGGAGGUGCUCGAGCAGGUGAAGCGUCGUCGCACGCGCCACGGCGCGACUCUGAUGGAUGUCAUUCGCUCCGGCGUCGAGAACUUGGACUCGGGUGUGGGAGUGUACGCGCCAGACGGAGACGCGUACACGGUGUUCGCGCCGCUGUUUGAUCCGAUCAUCGAGGAGUAUCAUGCCGGUUUCGGGCCCAGCGACCGCCAGCCACCGGUGACGUUCGGCCAUCCGAAGCAGCUGACCAAGGUGCUCGGCAACCUGUCCAGGCUGGGUAAGUACGUCAUCAGCACACGGAUCCGCACGGCGCGGAGCCUGGAGGAGUAUCCGCUGAACCCACUGAUGACCGAGACGGACUACAUCGACAUGGAGAGGGAGGUAGUGAAGGUGCUGCAGGAUCUGACCGGCGACCUGGCCGGCACCUACUACCCCCUGGACGGGAUGAGCAGCAAGGACAAGAAGCAGCUCAUCGAGGACCACUUCCUCUUCAAGGAGGGUGACCGGUUCCUGCAGGCUGCCAACGCGUCACGACACUGGCCCAAGGGCCGCGGCAUCUUCCACAACGCCGCCAAGACAUUCCUGGUCUGGGUGAGCGAGGAGGACCACCUGCGCAUCAUCAGCAUGGAGCAGGGCGGCAACGUCACCAGCGUGUACGCGCGGCUCGUCACCGCGCUCGUCAACCUCGGCAAACACCUGAAGCUGCGCCGUGACCGUCGUCUGGGCUCGGUCACCUUCUGUCCGACCAACCUCGGCACGGCGAUCCGCGCCUCGGUGCACGUGCGCCUGCCGCGACUUGGCCGCGACCGCGCUCGUCUGGAGAAAGAGUGCGCGCGCCUGGGUCUGCAGGUGCGCGGCACUCACGGAGAGCACUCGGAGAGCAGUGAGGGGGUGUUUGACCUGAGCAACAAGCGCCGGCUGGGUCUGACCGAGAUCGACGCUGUAACGGAGAUGUACCAGGGCGUGUCGGAGAUCAUUCAGAUGGAGAAGGACGCCAAAAAGUGAGCGCGGUGAUUGCGAGAGACACGGGCAGAAGAGGUGAUUGAUGGACAGGGAAGCACCAGGAUGUCGUGUGUACGUGCGUUUAUGAGUGUACAUUCUAAGAGAUGGUUGGGCUCGGUAGAUCGUGUCUUUUCUUUUGUGAGAUUUGUCGACCUGUCGACCUUUGUGUUUGUGUUUCGUCUUGUGACGGUUUCAGAAGAGAAUAAAGUAGCGGUAUGAGAGAUCGGUAACCAUGCACUUGUUCCUGUGUAAAAAGGUGAUUAUUGUUGUCUAAUAACGUUCGAAAAUGGCGGUAGAGUGGCGAUUAUGAACAACAAUGAUCAGCUCUCAAGUCGAAGAGCAAGUGACCGAGAAGUUGCUUUCAUUGAUCUGCAACGGCAAUGAAAAGGUAGCUUUAACGUCGAUAUAAUUUUAAUGAGUUCGGUUAUAUGUAGAAUACAACUUGAUACCGUCUGCUCAGACUAAUGGUUAUGAAUCGGAAGAAGCGAGACGGAUCUUCGAAUGGUUAUUUGUGUCUGCCGAUUUGCUGAGAAAAUGUGGGCUUGAGAGCAAAGUGCAAUGCCUAUUUAGACGCUCUGUACGUUGCAUUGUAUGCUGAUGUGGCAUGUGGAUUUGGCUGUCAUACCGAAUGGGACUACAUGGUCGUAUUGUCCAGCCGUUGUGAUGUUUGCUUGAUACUAGCUAGAUCCCUAAACGCAUUGAACUAUGCAAAACUAAAACGCUCUAUCAUAUCAUUAAGUUAGCGUCAUCCUCUAUCGUAGUCAAGCUCAUUGUCUUGCUUCUCGGCAAGUUCUACGCAGAGGAUGCGGUGCUUCUGUCAAUAGUUACAAUGUAAAAAUGUAGUCUGGAAGCCGAGCAACCGAUUGAAUAUAAUGUAUGCGCCCUGUUAGAAGUGCAAGCCUGUCGCUAGCUUCGUUUGUAUGCAAGGUAUCUUUUGGUUUCCAAUUCAAAUGUAACGGUAUAACCUCGCAGCAAUAACACAAACAAAACACUUCGAAAGAUAAAACCCCCUCCUGUUCAUAGUACGUAGUGCAUUUCACGUCAUACUUUGACUAUUAGCUUGACGUACAGUUUGUCAUAGUGGUUGUGAAAUGUGAAUGUGUAGCAAUAAAAUAGUUGUGGUCUUCAAUAAACGAACAAGGGCAAAA